AUUCAAAGGACGAAGGGAAACGGGGACUUGUCAGCGUUGCUUUCUGGGUGGAUCCUCGCCUACAAAGCAUCUUAUUGUGAAAGGUAACACCGUUUCUGACAUGGCCAACCCUUUAAGGGGUGAGGUUAUCAAGCUGUACAAAAAUUUGCUGUACCUCGGCCGUGAGUACCCCAAGGGAUCAGCCUAUUUCAGAGAGCGCCUGAAGUCCGCCUUCAUGAAAAACAAAGAUGUGACCGACCCCGAGAAGAUCAGACAGCUGGUGGCCAGAGGAGACUUUGUCAUCAAGGAACUGGAGGCUCUGUAUUUCCUCAGGAAAUAUCGGGCCAUGAAGAAGAGGUACUAUGAACCCGACAAAUAAUAACAAAACAAUUCGCCUUCUUGAAAUGACACCCAUGGGGUGCAACAAAUGUCUCUGCAAUAUUUAAGUGCUCAGGUCAGUACUCAGUUAUCGACACCCAUUGGUUACAAAUUUAUACUGCAGAGAUCCUUUUAUAAAACACCGUCCUGAAAGGGAAACUUCAUCUCCGAGCUACAAAAAUGUGGCGAUGAUAAUUUAUUAAAUGUUAAAGAAUCUGCUUUGUAUUUUUAUUACAACACACAGGUUUUCUCCCUGAACAGUUACGUUUAAGUCAGUCCGGGCUGACACAGUGGCAGACAGCUUCACCAGACGGACUGAAUCAUGUACAAUGAAAUGUCUUGAGUUAUGAAAUGUAUUUGACUGUAUAUAUUUGUAAAAACAUGCUCAUAUUUCUUGAAAUGUACAUGACUGUGAUAUUGUGCACUGUAAGACACAAAUCCCAAAUAAAUGUACAGUUUUUUUCACACAGUGGUAUCCUGUGCCAUAAUAAUAAAAACAAAAACCUGCAGUAUCAAA